CAGACGGGGCUGGUGGAGCGGAGCGUCACGCUGGUCAACCUGCUGCCUCACGUCAACUACACCAUCCGCGUGGCGGCCGUCAAUGGCGUCUCUGGCGUGAGCCCGCUGUCAGGGCAGGCGUAUGCCGAGCUCAACAUCUCCACCCGCCUCGCAGGGACCGCGCCCUGGGCAGACGGCGACAUCCGCACGGAUAAAGUUGAGCAGAAGAGCAUCUCCUUGUCCUGGCAGGAGCCGAGCUUCCCGAACGCCAACGGCACCGAGUACGAGGUCAAGUACUAUGAGAAGGAUCAGAGAGAUCAAAGUUACUCAACUGUGAAAACCACAUCAACGGCUGUGACGAUCAAUAACCUGAAGCCUGGCACCCUCUAUAUUUUCCAAAUCCGGACAUCUUCCUCGCCUGACUAUGGAAAUUACAGCCCUAGUAUUGAAGUGGAGACGCUGACAGAACUGACAGUGGUCUCCAGUGAGCAGAGCCCUGUCCUCAUCAUCGCGGUGGUGGCCAUCGCGGGGCUGACGGUGCUGGUGUCCAUGGUGAUCGGCGUGAUGGUCUGGAGGAGACAGUGUGGGUACAGCAAAGCCAGCCAGGACGGGGACGAGGAGCUGUACUUCCACUUUAAAAUACCAACCAGGAGGACGUACAUCGACCCCGACACUUGCGAAGACCCCAUGCAGGCCGUGCACCUCUUUGCCAAAGAGCUGGAUAAUGCCAGUGUUAAAAUAGAGAGGAUCAUCGGGACAGGAGAGUUUGGAGAAAUCUGCCGGGGGUGCCUGAAGCUGCCCAGCAAGCGGGAGCUGCCGGUGGCCAUCCAGACCCUGCGAGCAGGGUGCUCGGCGCAGCAGCAGCGCUCCUUCCUGGCAGAGGCCAGCACCAUGGGCCAGUUCGACCACUCCAACGUCAUCCGCCUGGAGGGGGUCAUCACCAGGGGGAGCACCAUGAUGAUAGUGAUGGAGUACAUGGGGAACGGAGUGCUGGACUCCUUUCUCAGGAAACACGAGGGACAAUUCACGGCCACCCAGCUCGUUUGCAUGUUGCAGGGAAUUGCUUCUGGCAUGAAGUACCUGGCAGAGAUGGGUUACAUACAUAAAAGCCUUGCUGCCCACAAAGUCCUUGUGAACAGCAGCCUGGCUUGCAAAAUAACUGGCUUCAGACGGCCGCAAGAAGAUAAGAUGGAGACCAUCUUCUCCACCAUGCGUGGGAAGAGCCUGGUGCUGUGGUCGGCCCCCGAAGCCAUCCAGUAUCACCACUUCAGUCCAGCCAGCGACGUGUGGAGCUUUGGCAUCGUCAUGUGGGAAGUCAUGUCCUUCGGCGAGAGACCCUACUGGGACAUGUCCAACCAGGACGUGAUGAAGGCCGUGGAGGAUGGGUUUCGCCUGCCCGCCCCGAUGAACUGCCAGCCGCCGCUCCACCAGCUCAUGCUCGACUGCUGGCAGAAGGACCGCAGCCAGAGACCCAAGUUCUCACACAUCCACAACAUCCUCAGCAAGAUGGUGCAGAGCCCGGAGCCCCCAAAGUGCCCCGGCUCCACGUGCUCCAGGGGCAGGUACAAAGACAACUUCACCGCUGCGGGCUACUGCUACCUGGAGUCAGUGGCCAGGAUGACAGCCCAAGAUGUUCUCAGCCUGGGGAUCACGCUGGCCGAGCACCAGAAGACCAUCCUGAGCGGGAUCCAGAUGCUCCGGGCGCAGGUGAUCCAGAUGCACGGCCGAGGGGUGCAGGUGUGA